CUAUUUUAUGGAUAAGGCCACUGAGUCUCAGAUAGAUUAAUAAACAUGCCCAAUAAUAGUUUGACAGCAGCUUGCUUAUGGAUUCCAAACCCAAAGCCUGGCGUGGUUGCUUGUCAAUGUAUUUAUAAAUUACUUUGUUUCGGGAAUUUGGGCUUAAAGGCCAGUGGCAAAGAUCCAAGAAUAUAUGGAACGGAUAAAUCUUUAAACACAUACAAACAUACUUAAACGAGGCAAUUCCCUUUGUGUAUACGUUUGAUGCUUCUGUUUAAAGAUUCUUAUUUUCUGAAUACCAGUAAAACGCCCUAGCCCUUGUUCAUUUCAGGUCUUAGAAGCAAGGGGCGGGGACCCAGUACGGUUUCCCGCCUUUCUGGUCUUGCAGUUUCCACAAAGGUCCGCACAAUCGCUACAUAAGGGGCUGCAGGUUGCUAGCGUUAUACUCGGUUGUCGUGCUUAGUUUUUCUCAGUUAUGUCUGGACGGGGCAAGGGCGGGAAAGGCCUGGGCAAAGGGGGCGCUAAGCGUCACCGCAAGGUUCUGCGUGAUAACAUCCAGGGCAUCACCAAGCCCGCCAUCCGCCGUCUGGCCCGGCGUGGCGGUGUGAAGCGCAUUUCCGGCCUCAUCUACGAGGAGACUCGCGGGGUGCUGAAGGUGUUCCUGGAAAACGUAAUACGGGACGCUGUCACCUACACCGAGCACGCCAAGCGCAAGACUGUUACCGCCAUGGACGUAGUCUAUGCGCUCAAGCGCCAGGGGCGCACUCUCUAUGGCUUCGGCGGCUAAAAUUGACUUUUGUA